AUGGCACGAUCAAUCCACUACCACUACGAGGAUGAAGACGCACCUGUCUACUCAGGACCAAGCUCGAUGGAUAGGGCGUUCCCAUUGCUGGAAGUCUUCGCGUCAGAUCCGGCCACAUGGUUGAUGGAGGCGUCUCGCCAACCAUUCCGUCCAUGGAACUCUGCUUCGGGCCCAGGGAGCACCCACCAGUCACCCCGGAGACCAGACCUGGACCACCGUGGCAUGAAUGGUGAACGCAGACAGGACUCGCAGCGCUUUCUCCCGCCAUCACCUCCAACGCCCAAGUGGCUUCCUGCAUUCGGUCUCGAUGAUCCCAUCGGUCACAGAGACGAAGGAGCUCCCCUCUUGGCUCAGACUUCUUUCGAAGAUCUGCCAUGUCGCCUCGAUCCGCGAGGUGUUGGAGAGGAACGAGCAAUGCCCUUUGGGUCGUAUCAACUGCCCCCGAUCCGCGACGUCAUCGAUCCCGAGCUUGACUUGGCCUUUCUGUCGAGUGAUGCGAACGAGAGACCUUCUAAGAGAAAACGAGGCAUGAAUCCCGGAACCGAAGCUGAACAGGGUCCACACGUCGUACCCUGUAUGCCAGCAGAAAUCGAGCCCAUACUCGAUACCACAGUAACAUUCAACACGCAGCAUGGCGAAGCAAAUAGCCUCGACAUGCCACAGACUGCGAAAGUCAUACAGUGGCCUGCAGCAGGGCCUAGUCAUCUACCAGCACCACCAAAGGCCGGUACAUCGACCACGCCGAUCAAAAAAGAUGUUCAGGCAGCGAUCAAGGUCCAGGCCGAAGGCAAGACGUCAAAAACCAUGCUGUUCUACUGCGAGCUGCACCACGCCACAUACAAGGGGCACAGCAGCUUCUCGCGACACAAGAGGACGACGCCAGGCCACGCAGAGUACAAAAAGCCGCCCGAAUGCAUGUACUGCCACAAGAAGAGACGAAGCAGCCCAAGCGUCCUCGAAUCCACGCGACACCAUAACGGCGCGCAUUGGGAGGCCGGACUCGGACCACGAUAUUCUUCCACGACCGUAACAGGUCUCCAAGAUGGAUACGCCCCGAGGGGUAAUGGAGACCUUGACUUGGGAGAAAGCCGACGCGAGCGACGAGAGUUUAAGGCGCUUGAAGGCUAUAUACGAAAGGUUGCAGCUCCGCUCGAAACUGGGGCGGAGGGGCAAUGGCGAAGCGUGGCUGAAGACCAUCAACACCUCGUCGCUGUAUCCUGUUACUGCUCCGUCUGCUCUCUGACGAUGGCGCAGUGGGGCCAGGGCCAGCCUGGCUACCAAUAUCCCCUUCAAACGGGAUUUCAGAACCAGAACCCCGCUUUUCAGCAGCAAGGCUACCCGCAAGGCGGUCUUGCACCGCAACCCAUCGGAUUCGCCGCGCAACGUCCUCCAGGAUUCCAGCAGCCUCAGCAGACAGGAUAUCCGGGCGGAGUACAAGGUCUAAUUCCCCAGCAGACUGGUUUAUCUGGUCUCGCUGGAGGAUUCAAUCAACAGCAGCAGCGACCUCCGAUCCCGCCCGUGCCGCCCAUCCCAUCACAGUAUGGUCAGCAGCAGCAGCUACAGCAGAGCGGCUUCCUGGGCGCGCAGCAACAGCAGCCAAGUCGAUUCCUUAGCCCUUCGCCGGCUCUCGGCGGUCCUGGGCUUGCACCCCAGCCAGCUGGCUUCCCCGGUCGUGUCGGUGGGGGUUUGCAGCCGCUGGUUCCGCAGGUGACGGGUUUCAUAGACCCGCGUUUGCAGAUGAUGUCCAGCACCUUCUUGCCCGCGAAUCAGUCUUCGCCAUACAAUGCUGCCGGCGCUCCACAGCUCUUCCAACCACAGCAACAGCUCGGCGGUCUUUCGCUCCAGCAGAGCUUCCAGCAACACAAUCAGGAAGUCAAGGGCACCGCGGCCCCAAGGGUCCCGUGGGCGCUGUCGAAGGGGGAGAAGAAGAGCUACGAUCAGAUCUUCCGGGCAUGGGACGCGAGCGGGACGGGAUUCAUCGAUGGUGGGACCGCUAUCGAGGUAUUUGGUCAGAGCGGGCUUGGCAAGGACGACUUAGCUCGGAUCUGCGUUCUUAUUGAGCUCUCUAGGACCCUCGCUGACGGCGAUAACCGCGGUAAACUUAACAUGGCCGAGUUUCACGUCGCCAUGGGCCUGAUCUAUCGCAAGCUUAAUGGGAACGAGAUUCCCGAUGAGCUUCCCCCAGAACUCGUACCACCCUCCCACCGCGACCUUGAUACCUCCAUCACUUUCCUCAAAGACGUCCUUAAGAACGAUGCACGCGCUCGCUCCCCAGGGAAUCUCGACGCGCCCGUUUCGCGAAUGAAGGAGCGCUCCUUCAUGUCGUCAGGUGCGCCGGGCGCCGGCGGACGGCAGGACGCGACGGUCUACAAACACACAGACUCCGAGGCCCCGGGCAGCUACUACACCCCGCGGAAUCGCCAGUUCGACCGCAACACCGUACGCACAGAGCGUGAACGCGACAACCCCGCCUCCGACCUGUCGGACAUGAAGCGUCAGCUGGAGAACACGGCGAAGAUGCUUGACCGCGUCGCGGACGAUAAUGCCAACCGGACGGCAGAGGACGAUGCUCUUGAGCGUGAGAUGCGAGAUCUCCAGCGUCGCGUGAAGCAUGUGCAGGAAGACUUGGAGUAUUAUACGCGCGGCCCGAGGUCAGCGCGCACUGACGAAGAGCGACGCAAGCUCGAGAGAGAGCUGUUGCAUCUGAUGCACGAGGAAGUGCCCGCUGUGGAGAAGAAGAUCCAGGAGCGGGAAGAGCGCAAAGAGCGAGAGAAGAGGGAGUGGGAUCGCGAGCGGGACAAGCGGAACGACAGGUUCGGCAGGUUUGACGAUAGAGAUCGGGAGUAUGGCAGUUACUCGCGGGACGGCGACCGGGACCGGGAUAAGUACGACAGGUACGACCGGGACAGGGAACGCGAUCGCGAUCGCGACUAUGGCAGGGACAGGUCGUAUCGUGAACGCUCGCACUCGCGUGAACGCACGCGCAACUACGACCGUCCGCGCAGCCCUCCUGCUGCACGUUCUCCUCCACCCCCACCCCCUCCCGCUGCGCCUUCUAGCUCCAUCUCUAAACCCCCCCCUCCACCUCCUGUGCCGAACGCCUCCCCCGCUCCGUCCACGAAAAACAUGACCCCGGAGGAGCGCAAAGCGUUUAUCCGUGAACAGGCCGAGCGACGCAUGGCCGAGCGGAUGGCCGCCCUGGGCGUCACCCCGUUGCCUGGCUCGGGGGGCAGCAGGCUGGACACGAGCGUCGAAGACCGGCUUGCACGCGAGAAGAAGGAAGCCGAGGAGAAGGCGCGCGAAGCCGAGAAGGCGGCGGAAGAGCGUGAGAAGGCCAGACGGGAGCGGCUCGAGGGCGAGAAGGCCGUCAAGGAGGGCAGGACGCCCCCGGCAUCCGUCCCGUCCACUCCGGUCGUCGCAAAGCCCCCCGCCCCGCCCCCGCCGAAGCCGAGAGCCCCUGCGCCGCCGCCCCCGAGAAAGGCGCCUGCCCCCCGUGCCCCCACUGCGCCGCCUGUGUCCGCUCCCGUACCUCCCCCUGCACCUCCCGCACCCCCUGCCCCUGUCGUGUCCGAGGUUGACCCAGAGGAAGAGCGUCUCAAGGCGCGCGAAGAGGCAUUACGCAAGCAAAGAGAAGAGCGUCUCGCGCGUUUCCGGCAGCUCGAGCAGGAGGAGGAAGAGGAGCGCCAGAGAGAGGAAGAGCUGAUCAGGCGACGGAGCGAGGAGGCUGCGCGGCGCACGAAGGACGCAGAGGAGCAGCGGAAGAAGGAGGAGCGCGAGGCCAGAAUACGGCAGAUGGAGCUUGAGGAGGCGGAGGAGCAGCGCAAGGCUGAAGAGGAAUUCGCAAGACGAAAGGAAGCGAGGAGUAGGGCAUCAACUCCGGCACCUUCUAUGGCCCCUCCCUCCAACGGCUCUGCACCGCCUGCACCGCCCCCGCCGCCGCCCCCGCCUGUCCCGCCAAUUCCAGCAUCGUCGAUUGGGAGCCCUGCAGACAAGGCGAAACACAAUCCUUUCAAUCGCCUCGCUAGCUCUGGCAGCGCUGCAGCAUCCCCUGCUGCUGUUUCCCCCAUGAGCGGUAGUACAAACCCAUUCUUCAAGCCCCAGACCCAGCCUGCUCCGGCACCUCCAGCCACAUUCAGCGUGCCUCCUCCCCCGAAGAGCCCCGGGCCCGCCAAGUCAUCGUACCAGACUGCCCCUGCCGAUAGUGACGAGGAAUGGGGCGAUGUUCGUGAGAAAGAGGACAACGAUAGCGACAGUGAGGACGAGCUCGAUUCCUCGCGCGCCACACGCAACCGCCUCGCGCAGCAGCUCUUUGGUAGCAUCCUCCCGCCUGCUAGGCCUCAAUCUGCCGCGGGUGCAGGCGCAGGCGCCACGCCGAAGCCUGGAUCGCCAUUUGCACCGACACCUCCCCCGCCCCCGCCGUCUGCGCCUCCCGCUUCAGUCUCUCAGACUGCUGACUCAGGCGCACCUCCGCCACCACCACCGCCACCACCCCCGGGUGCGCCCCCGCCUCCUGCUGCGAUGGCAGCGCCCACGCCUGCCCCUGCUGGCGAGCGCAGUGCCCUGCUCAGCGCAAUUCAGAGUGGCGCACGGUUGCGAAAGGCAGUGACGAACGAUCGUAGCUCCUCUUCUGUGUCGGGGCGUGUCAUCGGUGACACCACCCCUCCCCCACAUAUCAACGCUGCACCAACGCCUGUCUCGCCUCCCUCUCCUGAUUCUCCCAUAGAUGGCAGCAGGCUGGUACAGAGAGGGGACAGCAGGCAUUCUGUGGACUGGUACGCUGGGAUGGCGGCUGAUCAUGGCGUUCCUUUGAGUCGGGAACCAAGUGGGUUGGACAAGAUGGUCGAGGAGGAUGAACAGGACAGCGAACCCGAAUCUUUACCAAAUAUUCAAGUUGAUAUCAUCGAAGAAAGUAAUCCGCUGGAUGACGUCGACAAGGCCACUGAAUUCCGCACGCGUUCUUUGUACGCAUAUGAAGGCCAACGGCCAGAAGAUCUCUCAUUCGGCGAGAACCUUGUUCUUACCGCCCACCCCUCCAAGUCGGGCGGAGACUGGUGGUAUGGCACUGUUGUACGAGACGGCAAAUCGGGCUUCUUCCCCAAGACAUACGUACAGUCGUUCGAGUCCGCCAAAGCCAAGGCUGUCUACUCUUAUACGGGCGGUAAUGCAGACGAGCUGCCUUUUGCCGAAGGCGACACGCUUUCGAUCAUCGACAAGAGCGAAGGUGAUUGGUGGAAGGCAGAACAGGGCGGUGUGGUUUUCAUUGUGCCCGCCGCGUACCUGGAACUCGUCGAGGCUCGCCGCAAGUCUUCACUACCUUCAACACCUGAGGCAUCGACGAUGGCAAGCGCGGACCGCACGAGCUUCAGCGAACUGGUAAGCGGGGACGACAGCUCGGAUUCGGAAUACCUCUCCUUUUCAGAUUCGGAUGACGAAGACGAAGGCCAGACCGAGGCUCAGCGGAAGGCGGACCGGGAGGCGCGUGUUCUGGAACGGCAGAGGGUGCUGGAAGCCGCAGGUUUGAUCGUAAAGGAAGAUGGGAGACGGCCUCCACCAAGGCCUGUCCGGCGCAAGGCGGUGCUGGCGAGCCCGGGCAAGAAGAGUCGCCCGCCGCCGCCGGUCCCUUCGUCUGCUGCAAACCGCGUGUCGGCGAUUUCCACCGCGUCGGACAAGGAUCUUCCCCCCGUGCCGGACCGCGAUCGCGAUCGAGAUCGGCCGACCCGUGACGAGUUCGCUCGUCUGGACGACGCCUUUGACCGGUACGAGGCGUUCAAGCUGGCGACGGGCGAAGGCAUCAACAACCGCCUGUCGAUCGCGUCUUCUGUCGACAGCAGCAGCCUGAGCCCCACCCCGUCGUCGCCGCAGUCUCUUCGGCACACCAAAUCACAGGAGAGUGAGAAUCGGUCGCAUUCGUCUUGGCUUCAUAUAUUGGGGCGCAGUCGGACCCCCGUGGGGGAGUCGGAGAGGAGGGUCAUGCCCAUAAUCUCUGGUCCGAUUCUCAGCAACGAAUCGACGCCUGUGAGGGAGAACAGCCCUACGUUUGGUUCGUCGUGGGCCAGCCUCGUGGACAAGUCGGCCCUGGACGAGAUACCGCAGCGUGAGCGACGACGACAGGAAGCGAUCUUCGAGUUCAUCGCGACUGAGGCCGCGUAUGUCCGCGAUUUGCAGCUGAUAGUGGAGAUAUUCUAUGCGAGCAUGCUCAGCAUAUUGGAACAGAAAGAGGUCACCGUCAUCUUUGCAAACGUUGAGGAUAUCUUAUUGACCAACACCACUUUUUUGAGCUCCUUAGAGGAACGACAGCGAAAUUGCCGCUUGUACAUUGAUCAAAUCGGUGACAUCCUCGACCAGAACAUGUCAAAUAUGCAGGUCUACGGCGAAUACUGCAGCAAUCAUUCUCAAUCGAUCAAAGCGCUCCAAUCUUUACGAGAGAUCAAUCCGGCUCUGGGGGCGCAUCUUCAGAAACUCAGAGAAGACCCGACCAUCCGGAACCUAGACCUAUCAAGCUAUUUACUUGAACCCAUGCAAAGGAUCACUCGAUAUCCCCUGCUAAUCAAACAGAUACUUCACUAUACGGACCCAGACCAAGAUCGCAAAGCAACGGAACGCGCCCUCCGCACCGCAGAGCAGAUUCUGAGCCACAUUAAUGAAACGAUACGGGAACAGGAAGGCCGUGAACGUCUGAGAGUUCUCUCGCAAGACCUCUGGAUUGGUCAGGGCCGGCUCGACCUUACUGCCCCUACACGCCAUAUGGGAGAACGGAGACUGAUCAAAGAGGGUCCACUAUCUAAAACGAAGAGCGGGAAGAAGUUGCGCGCGUUUUUGUGCAGCGAUAUCCUCGUCCUCACGGAUGAGCAGGCAAAAUCUCUAUAUCGAAUGCCUAUCCCUUUAUAUGAGGUCCACGUUCGCGAGCUACCAGGAAGCAGAGAUGAUCUCGCAUUCCAGCUCGUGAUCGCAUAUCCUCGGGGAGGCGACAAAAUCGCAUUGCGAGCUCCUUCCGCACGAGAUUGUCACAUGUGGAUGGCAGAUAUUGAUAUCGCAUCUCAGGCGUGCAGGGAUGCUGAACGGCGAGCGGCGCGGGGUUCGGCGCGGAGGUCUAUAUCUUGAGCUAUCUGUGAAGACCAUGCUUCUUGAUCCUUUGCGAAAAUUCGGGCUCCCCCUUUCUUAUUACCUUCUCUGUAUAUCCACAGCCAAUCUCUUCAUCCAUAUAACUCAUAGACGCAGUACAAUACUCUCAUGGUUUCUAGUCGGACACUUAUCUAUGAAUUUCAAACCGGG